AUGUUUCACAACUAUUAUAUACCGCAAGCGUUUCAAGACUCGUUCCUCUAUCGGCUCAUACAAAAGAUACAGGUGUGCCAGGAGCCAACUCUAAAUGCCAGACACCAACAACCACAGCACUACAGACCACAAGGUAGCAGCAAAAUGGAUCGUUAUGAGAAGCUCAGUCGCCUAGGCGAAGGCUCCUACGGUGUUGUCUACAAAUGUCGAGAUCGAGAAACGGGCGCUCUUGUCGCUGUCAAAAGAUUUGUCGAGUCCGAGGACGAUCCAGCCAUACGUAAAAUAGCAUUGCGAGAGAUAAGGCUGCUGAAGAAUCUGAAACAUCCGAAUCUGGUCUCCCUGUUAGAAGUGUUUCGUCGCAAGCGUCGCUUGCAUCUGGUCUUUGAGUUCUGCGAGUUGACAGUGCUACAUGAGCUGGAACGUCAUCCGCAGGGCUGUCCAGAGCCGCUGACCAAGCAGAUAUGCUAUCAGACACUAUUGGGCGUGGCUUAUUGCCAUAAACAGGGCUGCCUGCAUCGCGACAUCAAGCCAGAGAACAUAUUGCUCACGGCCCAGGGUCAGGUGAAGCUGUGUGACUUCGGCUUUGCCCGCAUGCUCAGUCCGGGCGAGAAUUAUACAGAUUAUGUGGCGACGCGUUGGUAUCGAGCACCUGAGCUGCUCGUAGGAGAUACACAGUAUGGCACGCCCGUGGAUGUGUGGGCGAUUGGCUGCCUGUUUGCGGAGCUGGUGCGUGGCGAGGCGCUGUGGCCGGGACGCAGCGACGUGGAUCAGCUGUAUUUGAUACGGAAAACUUUGGGGGAUUUGUUGCCACGCCACAUACAAAUUUUCGGGCAGAACGAAUAUUUCAAGGGCAUAACGCUGCCAGUGCCGCCGACGCUCGAGCCGCUCGAGGAUAAAAUGCCGGCGAAGGCGUUGCAAAAUCCGCUUACCAUCGACGUGCUUAAGAAGUGCUUAGACAAAGAUCCAGCCAAACGCUGGUCCUGCGACAAGCUGAUUAAGCACUCCUACUUCGAUGACUACACGGCCAAACAGCGCGAGCUGGAUCACAUCAACAGCCUCGAGGCGGCUACACUUCGCCAGCAGCAGUUGGCCUCGCAGCAAUUUAUGCUGGCCACCGCCGCCCAGCAGCUGCAAACGGGCGCAGCUCAGGCAGCGGCCAUAGCAGCGGCGCGUGAUAAAUCAAAGACUUCAAACACUUCGUUGCCGCUGCUGCCGAGCAACCAGCACCAUCAUCAUCAUCAUACGCAUCAGGACUUUGUGAAGCUGCAGCCGUUAAACAAGAAUGCAGCCAUGAUGCAUCGCACCGAGCAUCAUCUGCCCACCAUUUGA